AUGUCCUUGAACAACAUCCAAGUCGUCACCAGCUCAGGCGUCGGCCCGGACGACGUACGAUUAACCAGCGACGUCGUGCACGUUCCCCUUCCGCUUUCCUGUUUCUUCAAUCACCUGCUAAUCACUCUCCGACUACUUUCGCAGACCAUCGCAUUAUGACCUCGUGAUCAAGACCGAUCUCAAGAAUUUGACCUUUUCCGGUACGGCCGAAAUCACCCUCGACGUACUGCACGAAACCGCUUCGAUCGUGCUCCACGUCGCCGAGUCUAUCCAGAUCAAGCACGCGGUCCUCUCACAUGGUCGAAAAUCUUCCAAUCAACCAGCAACGAAGUUCAGAUUGGAUACCAAGCGCGAGCGCGUAGAGAUCUUUUUCGAGGGCGGAAAAAUUGUCCCUGGUCAAGUUCGACUGGGUUUGCGUUGGGAGUCCAACCUGGGCACGACAGCAGGGUAUUACCGUUCGACUUACCCGGCUCCUGGCGGACAAGAGGGUGAAAUCGUGCGUGGCAUCACGUUAUCUGGACUAAUAAUCACAUUUUUGAAUGGCGAGCUGACCGGGACGGAAUACAACUAGGCUUACUACGCCAUCACCCAAUUUCAACCGACCGCGGCCCGUCGAGCUUUCCCAUGCUUCGAUGAGCCAGCCCUCAAAGCGACGUUUGCGAUUCAGAUGAUCUCGCGCACGGACUCGAUCUCGCUGUCCAACAUGGAUGUCAUAGCGACGAAGCAUCUCGGCGCCGGAGGGGACUUUCCUCGAACGUCGCUCUUGGAAGAGUCUUUCUUCACUCAAGAUGGACCCGCAAUCAACACGGUCACAUCUGUAUCAGCGAUUCCUGCUCAGUCCGUCUCCCACGGCGACUUCAAAGACGAUUGGAGCCUGAUUACGUUCGCUACGUUGCCCAAAGUCUCGACCUAUUUGGUGGCCUUUGCAAACGGUCCUUUUGCCCAUCUCGAAUCGACCUUCACCUCGACGAUUUCGGGCAAGGUCAUCCCUCUUCGCGUGUAUGCGACUGCGGACUGUGUCGAGCAAGGAGCCUUGACGCUCGAGACCAUGGCGAAGAUCUUGCCCCUCUACGAGAAGCUGUUUGAUGUUGGUGAGUUCGACUUUUCACCGUAGUGGCUUCGAUACCACCUCGCUGACGUAUGCUCUUCUACUCUAGAGUACCCAUUGCCCAAGCUCGAUUCUCUCAUCGCGACGGACUGCUCAGGCGCGAUGGAGAAUUGGGGUCUCAUCAUCGGCGUCAAGGACGCGUACGUCUACGACCCUGCCAAGAGCAGUAUCAAGAACAAGAAAAAGGUCGUCGUCUACAACUCGCACGAAGUCGCGCACCAAUGGUUCGGCAACAUCGUCACUUUCGAUUGGUGGGAUGGGUUGUGGCUCAACGAAGCGUUCGCGACGUUGGUCGGGGAGGUGCUUAUGCUUGAUGAGAUUGAGCCUUCGUGGAGGGUGCAUAGUGGGUUUGUGAAGCAGGAGCUCGCGGAGGCACUCCGUCUUGAUGCGCUGCCUUCUUCGCACCCGAUCCAGGUGCCGUGUCCCGACGAAGCUGUAAGGAUAAAGCGUGAUCGAAGGGCUGGGACCGUGCCAUAGCAAGCUGACUGCGUGAUCUUGUGUUGUGCGUUGGUCCCAUACAGACGAUCGGCCAAAUCUUCGACGCCAUCUCCUACUACAAAGGUGCUAGCGUACUCAAGAUGCUCUCCAACUUCAUCGGUCAAGAACGUUUCAUUCGUGGAGUGUCGAUUUACCUCAAGCGCUUCCUGUACGGCAACACCGUCGCCAAAGAUCUAUGGGACGGUAUCUCCGAAGCGAGCGGAAAGGAUGUGGCGACGAUGAUGGAGAACUGGACUUUGAAGGUUGGGUAUCCGGUCGUAACCGUCAAGGAAACGGUCGAGGGGCUCAAGGUUCGACAGAAUCGCUUCAUCAGCACACGAAACGUCAAGGCCGAAGAGGACGAGGUCCUCUGGCAUAUCCCGCUUCAACUCUUGGUCGUGCGGGACGGCAAGACCACCGUCAAUCACGACUUGCUCCUCACGAAACGCGAGAUGACGAUCCCUCUUCAAGAUGUCGCCAACACGACUUACAAACUCAACGCAAGCACAUGCGGCGUCUACCGCACAUCCUAUCCCAAAGACCGACUCGUCAAAAUCGGCCAAGAAGCGGGCAAGCCCGAUACCGCUUUUGAUCUCAGUGAUCGAAUGGGUCUCGUCGGCGACGCGAUGGCUCUCGCUAUUGCAGGAGUGUCCAAAACGAGCACAGGCUUGAGUUUCCUCUCCGAGCUUCGAAACGAGAAGGAGAACCUCGUCCUUCAAGCCGUUGCGGAUUCGCUCGCGACGCUCGCCUCGACGUGGUGGGAGCAACCCAAAGAGGUACGCGAUGCGAUCUCCAAAUUACGUCGGACGCUCUUUGGUCCCAUCGCGGAACGAUUGGGUUUUGAUGAUUCGGCCGAGGACGAUGUUGAUACGGUCGAGCUGCGCGCCACGGCGAUUACGACCGCCGCCGCCGCUGAAGAUCCCCAGAUCCUCGCCGAGUACCAGAGACGCUUCACCCCCUUUUUGGAGAAGAACGACGAGUCCCUCAUCCCUUCCGAGCUUCAAGAAAGCAUCUACGCCAUUUGCGUUGAGAAGGGCGGGGAGAAGGAGUUUGAGAAGAUGGUGAGCGUGUUCCGUGCGCCAGAGACGCCGGAUCAGGCUGUGGCGGCCGUGAAGGGGAUGUCUGCGACGCAGGAUCAGGAGAGGUUGGAGAGGGUGUUUGAGAUCAUCAAGAGGGAGGAUACGUCAAUUAAUUGUACGCUUCUAUCGGGGUCGACUUGGCGCCUUUGACCUGCUGACAACUUCGUCAUCUCCUUCGUUCAGAUAUCGUGCACUCCACCCGAGCCUUGAGCAUGAAUCCCUUUGCCACGCGCGCGUUGUGGCGCUUCUUCCAGGAGAACUAUGACUACAUUUCCCGUCGCUUCGAAGGUUGUGAGUCAUGUUGCGAUCGCCUCUUGUGCCCCUGAAGCAAUCGAUAGACUGACUUAUACCGUCUUGGCUUCUCGCCAACAGCGCUCAUGAUCACCGCCAUCGUACCGAUUUGUUUCGCUCGUCUCACCACCGAGGCCGACGUGCUAGCAGUUGAGAAAUGGGCUCAGGGUGUCGAUUCGUCGGCUUUCAGUCAGGCCUUGGAUCAGGGUCUGGAUCGGGUCAGGUUGAAUGCCAAGUGGUUGGAAAGGGAUGCAGGAGAUGUGGAGGGGUGGUUGAGGGAGAGCGGGUAUUUUGAGUAG